AUGUCUUCGCCUUUCCCCUUCACGGCAUCGCCUAAUCAGCAGAGCGCUUCUGUUCAGUAUGUGGAUUCUCCAAUGCCUCUUCUUAAGACACCUUUUGCUCCGCCUGUUGAGCAGGAUACCCACAUAAAUACUCAGAACGGGACUUACGCUGGCAUAUCUACUCCCAUGCGCGACCAGACUACUCUCGUUGAUCCCACCAGCUCUCAGAUGGGACAGGAUACCCAAUCCAGUACUCUGAGUGGGCUUUACACCAACCAGCCUAUUCAAUGGACCGCUCCGACUACUGCUAUGGAGCCAACUGUCUCUCAACCAGGCCAGGGCACUCCUUUCAUGGUCCUGAAUACUCCUGUCAAGCCCUCGACCACCCUUGGCAACCCUUGGCCCUCCCCAAAUUCAUCUACCAACUCGCCUCAUGGAAACAGUCACUCAACCCAAUCAGCCAUCAUUAAAAAUGCUCUGGCUCAGCCCAUUGAGAACUGUCUCCCUCCGCAGGGUCCCCAAGGCUACAUGUCCGACGAUGACAUCUGGAACGAAGAACUCCGUGUGGGAGGCCCCCAGCUCUGCGCCCUCCCCGCGAACACCUUCUGGUUUGAUGAGGGCAGCCACUAUCAUAAUCUUGCGUGGAGCGGGAACUUCCUCGACCAGAUAUACAGGUUGAUUCACUCAUUUUCCAUCGAUGUAAUUGAAGUGAUGCUGGUCACCCGCCAAUCGCAAUGGGGCCUGAUGCCGGAACCUAUUGUUACUUUGCUAAUAUUUGCAACCCGAAAGAAUUUGGAUGACGAUUGGGUGCCGUGUGCUCGGAAGAUUCGCAAAUACCUCACCACACUGAUCAGGGACCCGAGCAUCUCAGUUGAAAUUGCAGAUCCGAGCGCCUACGAAUUCGAAGGAUCUCCCUUCGUUCUGCCCAUGAAUCUCGCCUAA